AUGCAUAUUUUCUUCAGAUGUGACUUUGCUAGAAGGGUGUGGUUCGGUUCUACUCUAGCCCUUCAAACCCAUCUAAUACAGGAUGAAAUCUUUUCGGUUGUUUGGCAAAAAAUAAUUUCAGGAUUCAAACAACAUGAUUUCUCGGAAUGUAAAAUUUCAAAUUUUGUAUUUCAUCUUUGGGCUAUUUGGAAGGCUAGGAAUGCAGCUAUCUUUAAGGAUCAAAUGUGGACCGAAAUGCAAACAAUUUCCUUUGCUAAUGACUACACAAGAGAAUUCCAUCAAGCUCAGGAAGCAAAGGAAAUGUACAUACCAAAAUCACCUCAACCUCGUCCGCAUCUUUCUUCUCACAGACUUGGACAAGGAGCUCGGCCAACAGAUUCAAUUCUUAUUCGAUAUGAUGCAGGUACAAAUAAAGAUCACAAAUUUGGAGCAAUAGCAGGCAUAGCAACAGAUGCAAAUGGCAUAACCUUGGGCUCUUUCACAGCAAUUUUCCAAUUCAUUUGGGACCCGGGUAUAUUAGAAUUUUUAGCUCUUCGUGAAGUUAUCAAAUGGGCACUCCGGAUGAACUGGACAAAAGUCUCUUUUGAAGGCGAUGUCAUCCAAGUAUCUCAAUCGGUAAAUUUCGAAAACUGCUCGAAAGCAGCUUGUUGGGGUAUUUGUCAAGAUAUUUGGAGUCUUCAAUCGCUUCUUCAAUUUAGUUCCAUAGGCUAUAUUAAGAGAUUACAAAAUAGGGAGGCACAUAGGCUAGCGCAAAGGGCUAAAGCUUUGUAUUUACAAUCAUUAUGCUAA